AUGGACUCCGACUUAGAUCUUACGCUGCCUGAAACACACCUGGCCGUGCGAUGGUAUCCGCCAUCCUAUGACAUCCGGCUGGAACGUGUCCCUACACCGAAGAUCGAACAUCCAGAUGAUGCUAUUGUCAAAAUUAAAUUCUCUGGACUUUGCGGGAGUGAUCUGCACGUCUACCGCGGUCACGAAGACGUAGACGAGCUGCAUGUGUGUGGACACGAGUUCAUAGGCUAUGUCGUUGCCCUAGGCUCCUCGUUCACGUCGUCGUCUCCCAAGAGUAGACCUGCAUUGUACGGCACUCUGAAAGUUGGAGACAAGGUCGUCUCUCCGUUCACAACGUCCUGUGGUGAAUGCAGACGCUGCCGAUUAGGCUUCACUGCUCGCUGUGAAUCGUCUCUUUUGUUCGGUUCACCACGUCUUCCGGGUGCCCAAGCUCAGUAUGCCCGUAUUCCUCACGCUGGAGGAACACUUUUUGCUCUCCCUACUGACACGCAGUCAACCUUAUCGAACCCUUCGCUCUCGAAGCUCACCGCCCUCCCUGACCCGACUCUCAUUCUACUCGCCGACAUCCUGCCAACAGGUCUCUCCGUUGCUCUCAAUGCUCUCAUGCAUCCCAAGUUGGCGCCUAUACUUCACGGGAAAGCUUGGCCCGACGAGGACCGAGUAUUGACGGUUGGAGUCGUCGGUCUGGGUCCGGUUGGUCUCUGCGCAUUCCUCAGCCUGCUCGACCUUCUCAGUAACCCGGCCAACCUCGCAACCUCCGCGCUUCGCUUUCGCCUCAUCGCAGUCGAUCCAAAUGCUGCACGUCGCGCAAAACUCAGCACAAUCAUCGCGUCCUUGCCUACAGAAUUGAAAGGAUCGUCUAGAGGAGAGUUCGAGGUCUGUGGUAUUGAUGAGGCGAAGGGUGUCCUGGAGAGACCUGGCUGGGGCGGUGGCUGUGACGCGGUCUUGGAGGUCGUCGGCAAUCCCUCGGCACUGACUCUCUCUGAAUCUCUUCUCUCCCCGUCCGGAGUUCUCUCCUCCUGCGGCGUCCAUCAAGCCCCUCCCGUUCCCUUUACCGGUCGCGACCUCUAUAACGCAAGCAUGAGCCUCGAAUUCGGACGUUGCAACGUGCGGAGCGUCUUCGCUAUGAGUUGCGGGGUUAUGGCCAGGAUGGGAAGUGACGUGGGGGUGGUGGAGAGAGUGCUUCCGUUGAGUAGGGUGGUGGAGGCAUACGAGAAGUUCGAGAGGGGGGAGUGGGGGAAAGUAGUUUUCGAUCCUUGGGCUUGA